CCGCGGCGGCGCCCAGCGUGCGCCUCCCUCUCGCUGGCUCCCGGCUCGGAGGAGAGUUCGACCAUGGACGGGCUCCGGGCUAGUGCGGGUUUGCUGAGGCGCGGGCGGCUGAGACGCCGGCGCCAGCCACAGUCACACAGCGGGUCGGUGCUGGUCCUGCCCCUGAGGCCCAGGAAAAUCCGCAGGCAGCUCAGGAGAAGUGCUGCGUCCCGCAUGGCGGCGCUGAGGGCCCAGACGCUGCCCAGCGAAGACUCGGAGGACUCGCGGGUGGAAUCGACCGUGGACGGUCCCCGGGACCCGCCGCCUGGAGGGGCGACGGCCACUCCGGAUGCGGCCCGGCGAGAGCCGUACGGCCACCUGGGCCCUGCCGAGCUGCUGGAGGCCUCGCCCGCGGCCCGCUCCCUGCAGACCCCGCCGGCGCGUUUGGUGGAGGCGCAGACCCCGCCGGCGCGCCUGGUGCCCGCUUCGGCGCCGCCCUCGCGCCUGGUGGAGACCUCGGCCCUGCUGUGCUCUGCCCAGCACUUGGCGUCCGCGGCCCCCGCGACGCUGUCGGGGUCGCAGGUGGGUAGCACCGGAGGGGAGCCAGCCUGGGACUCCCCAUUGCGGCGCGUCUUGGCCGAGCUGAACCGCAUCCCCAGCAGCCGGCGGCGGGCAGCACGCCUCUUCGAAUGGCUCAUUGCGCCCAUGCCACCCGAUCAUUUCUACCGGCGCCUGUGGGAGCGGGAGGCGGUGCUGGUGCGGCGGCAGGACCACACCUACUACCAGGGUCUGUUUUCUACCGCCGACCUGGAUGCCAUGCUGCGCAACGAGGAGGUGCAGUUUGGGCAGCACCUGGACGCCGCACGCUACCUCGACGGGCGGCGCGAGACCUUGAACCCGCCGGGCCGGGCCCUGCCCGCUGCCGCGUGGUCCCUGUACCAGGCCGGCUGCUCCCUGCGCCUCCUUUGUCCCCAGGCCUUCUCGACCACCGUGUGGCAGUUUUUGGCGGUGCUCCAGGAGCAGUUUGGAAGCAUGGCGGGCUCCAACGUUUACCUCACGCCCCCCAACUCGCAGGGCUUUGCCCCCCACUACGACGACAUCGAGGCUUUUGUGCUGCAGCUGGAAGGUCGGAAACUCUGGCGCGUCUACCGACCCCGGGUCGCGACUGAGGAAUUGGCCCUGACGUCCAGCCCCAACUUCAGCCAGGAAGACCUUGGUGAGCCGGUGCUGCAGACCGUGCUGGAACCUGGAGAUUUGCUCUAUUUUCCUCGGGGCUUCAUUCACCAAGCCGAAUGCCAGGAUGGGGUGCACUCCCUCCACCUCACCUUGUCCACGUACCAGCGCAAUACCUGGGGUGACUUCUUGGAGGCUGUACUGCCUCUGGCGGUGCAGGCUGCCAUGGAGGAAAAUGUGGAGUUUCGUAGGGGACUGCCCCGAGACUUCAUGGAUUACAUGGGGGCCCAGCAUUCGGAUUCGAAGGAUCCUCGAAGAACUGCUUUCAUGGAGAAGGUGCGGGUCUUGGUUGCCCGCUUGGGACACUUUGCUCCUGUCGAUGCCGUGGCUGACCAGCGAGCCAAAGACUUCAUCCACGAUUCUCUGCCUCCCGUGCUAACUGACAGGGAGAAGGCACUAAGUGUUUACGGGCUCCCAAUUCGCUGGGAGGCAGGCGAGCCUGUGAACGUAGGAGCCCAGUUGACAACAGAAACGGAAGUGCACAUGCUUCAGGAUGGGAUAGCCCGGCUGCUGGGCGAGGGAGGCCAUCUGUUUCUCUAUUACACAGUGGAAAACUCCCGUGUUUAUCACCUGGAAGAGCCCAAGUGCUUGGAGAUAUUACCCCAGCAAGCUGAUGCCAUGGAACUCUUACUCCGCUCCUACCCCGAGUUUGUGAGGGUAGGGGACCUGCCCUGUGACAGCGUGGAGGACCAGCUUUCCUUGGCCACCAUGUUGUAUGAUAAGGGGUUGCUGCUCACCAAGAUGCCUCUUACCUGAACUAGUUUCUCGUUGAUUGCUGGAAACAAGGCAGCAGUGAUGACUCUUUCCUGCCACCACCACCUUGUUCUGGAGGGGAAAAAACUCACGUUCUUACCUUGAUGACCAUCGUUGUGCUCACACUUACCUUUAGGCCUGCUGCAGUGUCAAAAAACUCAGAGGAUGUUUUAGGAACCACCACAUCUAGGCACAAAAAUAAAAGCAGAAGUUGGAGGUGGAAAAAAGCUAUUUCUGCCCAAGUAACCUUGAUCCCUGAUCAUUUCAGAAUACGAACUUAAUCAUCCACCUCAGGCUUCAGUGUACUGUGUAGCACUUGCUGUCGUUCUGCUUGAGACAUGAGUUUUUAUUGGGAAUUGCUUUGCAUCCUUAAUUUGAGUUCUCAUUCAUCAGUUUGGGGGAGGGUUGGGUUGGAAGAAACUUCCCCAUAUCUGGCAAGUGAAUAUUCUCAUGUUGGUGGAAAAGAGCCUGGUGUACCAGAGAGAGCAUUGGACUUGGAACCAGAAGACCUGGGUUUGGGGUGGUGGCUGGUAGGCAGCUGGCUGAAUGACCUGAGGCUGCUGCUACGCCUGGGCGCACAGAUUUUGUAAGUAUAUAUUGGUCCAGAUUGGUGUCUUCACCUCAUUAUUUAGAUUUUAUCUGGGACUUUUAAGAUCCUAUCACCAUAACUGAUAGGUUCAGUUACAUAAAGUUGAGAACUUUAUAAAGUCUUUUUUUUAAAAAAAAAAAAUAUUUUUAUUGAUUUUAAAGAGGAAGGAAGAGGGAGAGAGAGAGAGAGAGAAACAUCCAUGAUGAGAGAGAAUCAUAGAUCAGCUGCCUCCUGCAAGUCCCCCACUGGGGAUCGAGCCCACAACCCGGGCAUGUGCCCUUGACCAGAAUCGAAACUGGGACUUUCAGUUCCCAGGCUGACGCUCUAUCCAAUGAGCCAAACGGGCUAGGGCUAAAGUCUUUCUUUUAAAGUUGUAAAACCAUAGAUAUACCUAAUAUGAUAUCUCUCCCUCCAACCCCACUUUUCAGAGGUAACCACUAUUAAAGGUAAGCCCAUAUGGUUUUUUUGGUGUGUUCUACAUUAGUUUUUGUUUUGUACUUGUUUUUCUAAUGUCAUUUCCCCCCCCUAACUUUCAAAUCAGUUCAAAUAGAGCUCCCUCAUUCAUUUUUUUUAAAGGGAUAAAACAGUAAAUAAAAGCGAGGUGGGGAGGUGUAGCGGGAGGAAAAAAAUAACAGAAGGACGCAGAAGAAGCCCAAUAAAGAAAAGAGGUAGUAGCCUUUCCUGGCUCUCAUCCUACAGGACUCAUAAUGAAGUCACAAAACAUGCAGAUCCUGCCCAGCCAGAGUGGCUCAGUGGUUGAAUGUGGUCGACCUGUGAACCAAGAGGUCACAGUUCAAUUCAGGGCACAUACUUGACUUGCAGGCUCGAUCCCCAGUAGGGGAUGUGCAGGGGGCAGCCAAUCAAUGAGUCUCAUCAUUGAUGUUUCUACCUAUCUUCUCCCUCUCUGAAGUGAAUAAAAAUAUCUUUUAAAAAACAACCCCACAAAAACAUCCAGAUCCUAAAAGCAUCGGACUCACCCCUGGAAAACCUACCUUGAAAAGUUUCUUGAAGAAAAGUAUGUAGUUUCUGUGGUUUUUGCCCCUCUUUGGGUUGCAAGUAAAUAUGUUUUGCUUCCCCCUUUACUUUUUUUAUGACCUUCUCUAUCUUGAAUAUUUUCUGCGUCAGCAAGUCCUUUUGAUUUAGUGUUUGAAUCUAGAUCAAAACAAAUAAUAUUGGGGAAAAACAACCACUAGGCUACAAAUCAUCAAAAAGCAUUAGUGAAGUAACUUAGUGCUCAUGCUUGUUAGUAUUAGGUGGCACAUAAAUACCAGAGAGCAUUGUUCUCUUGUGAUAUUGGUGGGACAUUUUUACAUUUGUUAAUGAAAAAUUAGCUUUUUGUGCCUGAUGAAAGCAAUCUGCUACGAAAUGUCUGCUUGGUGUGAGGUUGGUUUUUUGAAUUAUAUAUGAAGAAAGAAUCUUCUACAUUUUUAAAGUCCUUUUCACUCUAUUUCUUCCACUCCUCUAACAGCGUUGAAAAAUUAGAACCACCUAUUCAGCUAGAGUGUUCUUUUGGUGACAGAGCCCAGAUCAGGAAAGUUUAGAAGGAAAAAGAAAACGUAGGAGGCCAGCUCCAGUCCCUCAUUCCUUCAUUAUACCUAUCUGGGGGGGAAAAACAACAACUUUGGUUUAGGAGAUGGUGAGGAGAAAAUAGGAAAGGAAGGAAACUAUUUUAGAAACAACAACAAAUCCUGAUUUUGAGAACUACUUAAUAGAACUAAUAGGAUUUUGGUUUUGUCUUUUUACUAAGGGGAUUUUAUAAUCCUAUUUUGCACAGAUGUUUUGUGUCUUCAAAUGAUGUGGUAUCUGCCCUAACUGGUUUGGCUCAGUGGAUAGAGCGUCAGCCUGCGGACAAAAGGUCCCAGGUUCGAUUCCGGUGAAGGGCAUGUACCUUGGUUGUGGGCACAUCCCCAGUAGGAGGUGUGCAGGAGACAGCUGAUUAAUGUUUCUCUCUCAUGGAUGUUUCUAACUCUCUAUCCCUCUCCCUUCCUCUCUGUAAAAAACCAAUAAAAUAUAUUUUUUUUAAAAAACUUGUAUAAAAAAAAAUGAUGUGGUAUCUGUCUAGGAUUGUAGAAAAUACUUCCCUGAUGGGGGAAAAUGGUGUGUACACAUGCUUUAGGGGCAAAAAGCAUUUGAAGAAUUCUUGCAAGCCCUGAAUUUUCCCUUGAAAACACAACUUGUAUUUAUCUACCCUGUUCUUGACCUCCUGAAGCAUUUCUUUGUUUCCUUCACGUUCUAUCUUGAGUAUCUUCAUUGCCUGGUGAAUUUCCCUGAAAAAUAAGAAAACUUCUUAGAUUGUUUCUAUCCUUUAAAAAAGCAUGGGGUGGAAAAUACAGGACUUGGAAUCCGUCAAGAAUCCUAAAUUCCAAUCCUAACUAUGCACUUUUGCUGUGCCUUAUCCUCAAGUGGUAUGAUGUUUAACUUUUAAGGAUGUUACUUAGUUUGUGAGAUGAUAUAUUUGAAGGUACUAAUAAAUACCAUUUAUUGAAUGUCUUUAUGACAGGUAGUGAACAUUAAUCACCACAAACCCAUAAAAUGGACUAUCGUCUGCACUUGAUAUAUGAAG